GGGCACAGGAGCUCGGCCCUGGGCCGGGGGCGGCCGGCGCCCGCAGCCCCCCACGCCCGGAGAGUGAUGCGGUGCGCCCUGAGAGCCCGGUAGCCUCGCAUCGCGGCGCCGUAGACUCGAUGAUGGAUGAGCCGUGGUGGGAAGGGCGUGUCGCCUCGGACGUCCACUGCACCCUGCGCGAGAAGGAGCUGAAGCUGCCCACCUUCCGAGCCCACUCCCCGCUCCUGAAGAGCCGCCGGUUCUUUGUUGACAUCUUAACCCUGCUGAGCAGCCACUGCCAGCUCUGCCCCGCCGCUCGCCACCUGGCCGUCUACCUGCUGGACCACUUCCUGGAUCGCUAUAACAUCACCACCUCCAAGCAGCUCUACGCUGUGGCAGUCUCCUGCCUUCUGAUCGCAAGUAAGUUCGAGGAUAGGGAAGACCACGUCCCCAAGCUGGAGCAGAUAAACAGCACGAGGAUCCUGAGCAGCCAGAACUUCUCCCUUACCAAGAAGGAGCUGUUGAGCACAGAGCUGCUGCUGCUGGAGGCCUUUGGCUGGAACCUCUGCCUGCCCACACCCGCCCACUUCCUCGACUACUACCUCCUGGCCUCCGUCAGCCAGAAGGACCACCACUGCCACAGCUGGCCCACCACCUGCCCCCGCAAGACCAAAGAGUGCCUCAAGGAGUACGCCCACUACUUCCUAGAGGUCACCCUGCAAGAUCAUAUUUUCUACAAAUUCCAGCCUUCUGUGGUGGCCGCAGCCUGCGUUGGGGCCUCUAGGAUUUGCCUUCAGCUUUCUCCCUACUGGACCAGAGACCUGCAGAGGAUCUCAAACUACUCCCUGGAACAUCUCAGCACAUGCAUCGAAAUCCUGCUGGUAGCUUAUGACAACAUCCUCAAGGAUGCCGUCGCGGUCAAGAGCCAGGCCCUGGCGAUGGUGCCCGGCACACCCCCAGCUCCCACCCAGGUGCUGUUUCAGCCACCCGCCUACCCCGGCCUCGGCCAGCCGACAGCGAUGGCCCUGGCCCAGUUCCAGACCCCCGUGCAGGACCUGUGCAUGGCCUAUCGGGACUCGCUGCAGGCCCACCACUCGGGGACCCUGCUCUCAGGGGGCAGCAGCUCAUCCCUCCAUGCCCUGUACCCCACCCUCCAGCCCCUGGACGUGUGUCCCAUGCCGCUGCCCGCAUCCCUCAGCAUGCACAUGGCCAUUGCAGCUGAGCCCAGACACUGCCUCGCCGCCACCUACGGGAGCAGCUACUUCAGCGGGAGCCACGCGUUCCCUGCGGGCUGUUUCGACAGAUAG